ACGUCUGAACUUUCAAUGAGGGCGAAGCAGACUGUCGCUGGAAGCCACAGACGGCGUGGGUGCGGCGCUGUCUCUUUAAACACUCCCGAUGAGAAAAGUUCAUGCAAGCGAGCGGAGAGGAGUAGAGUUCUGCGCGGUUUGGUGCAGAGAUCAGUGUCUGGUAUCGUGAGUGCGAGCGGAGCGCGGCAGAUGGCUGGCGACGGCGGGCAGGCCAUACGUCUCCCAAAGAGGCCGUUUCACAGCGAGGGAGACGAGAACUCGAGCGCGACCAUGAAUGAAAACGUCAAAAUUCACCCUGGGAAAAAGACUCCGUUCGAAGCUCAUAGCGGGAAGGAACGUCGCGGCAAGGAGAACUCUGCUUUGAAGUCUACGUGUUUGACGCACUGCCACACGAGCGGUCCUGCAGAGGCGAAGAUGAACCAGACGGUAAUUCACGGCUCGCGAGUGGACCCGAGCAUAUUCUUCGACGAGGACAGCAAUCAUAUUUUCCCCGUGGAGCAAUUCUUUGGGAACCUGGAUGUUGUUGAGGAUUACCCACGCAGAACCCCAAGCAGCAAGAGAAUGAGUCGGAGAGAAUACCGGAGAAUGCAUUAUUAUGCCAAAGAGGACAGUGACGACGAGCAGCUAUAAAAACACGGAUCACUAAAUUACACUUCAUGUGUGCCACAGUCUUGAUCUUGAGCCUGUAGGAGUUGGCCAAAUCGAUUAACUUCAGGGAAGGAGUUGUAUGCUGUUUAAAUGGUCAUGAUUAGUCAAGUGAGCUUUUUUAUUAAUGCCAAAAGCCUUCUCAAUGAAUGUUUAAUUGGCAAACUACCCAUGUAACUUAACAGGAUGCACUCUGUUGGGCAAGGAAUUCUGUGUACUGCUGAUACAACGAUUGACAUAUCAUAGUCUUUUAAUGCAAUUUUAUAAAAAGAAGCACAAUGUUUUUAAUGGUAUGUUAAUGGUGAAAUGAUAUAAUAGUCCAUCCCUAAUCAUAAACCUCAGAACAUUACACUUGUGCUAUACUAGUAUAUGGCUAAAAAGAUGGACUUUCUGCCAGAUUUGUGCCUAAAACCAUAUUGUUCAGUCAUGUGACUGGAGCGUGUGCUUACAGACAGUUAUAUAAUAUGGAAAACACUCUUGAGUACUCUGUAGUGGAGUUCAUCCUGCACCGCUGGCCAACACUGUGGGUGUCUACCACUAGUCCUACUGAUGAUCUCUGAAAUCAACAAAUAAAACAAAUGUUAAGAAUAGUAUAAUUAGUCAAGUGCCUCAAGCAGGACACGCUUGCUGUUCAGACUUUUAAUGCAGUUUGAGCAUUAGCUUGUACAUUCUUUAAUCUCUGAAUUUGGCACUUUUUAAAUUUCUCUGUUGAGAAUGAAUGGAUUUGUUUUGGAAAAACAGACUUAAUAUUUAAGAUUUGGUGCUGUAUAAUUGAAAACGAAAGCAUGUAACUAUUUUGACAGCCUCUAUUUUGUUCUUUGGAAUGUUUAUGGUGUAUAGAUUUUUAUUGGUUAGAAUCUCAAAUUAAGACAAUUGUCCAAUUUGUCACAAGGUUUUUAAGGUAAGAUGUGGACAUCUGUAAUUUUAAAUAAAAAAUACAGCUACAAAUUUUAUGCGUGGCUCCACCAGGAAUAUGAUUUGUCUGUAUUGUGAACCUCAAUUUGUCAAAAGAUUAUAUUUGUAUGAUUUUAUUAGACCAGAUUUGCACUAACUUUUCUGGUCAAAGAUCUAACAUUUUAAAAUGUAGUUUCUAAGCUUUUAUGUACAAAUUACAUUAGGUAAAAACUGUAUUUGACCUUUAUAUUUUUCUAUUAAUGUGAUGAAUCUAAGUGUUAACUUUUGCUACCUAAUGCCUUGUAUGUUCGUGAUGCAUACAUUUUAUUUACUUUUUUAAUGUCAAAUCUUCAGUGUAUCAUAUAAUCGCUACAAUAUCCGUCCAGAGAAAAUAAACCACAUUAACUACUUU